CCCCAGUAUUCCACUUCAGCUCAGUCCAGCAGCUCUCAAGAGGAGGAGGAGACUCGGACCCGUCAGUCAGCAGCAAGAUUUCACCUUUCAGUUUUGGAAACAGCAAGUAGCCAGGAGAGCUAAAAGGGGGACCAGACAGAUGUAGAAACCACGUGCCUGGAGGCAGAGGUUGAAGAUUCGUGAAUUCGUCUAUUUUUUUGUGUGCUUUGGCUGAAACUUGCAGACUAAGAACGUUCUUGCCCAGAACUUGCCUCUGUUUUCUGACUUCUUCAGCAGCAGGAGGAGGAGGUGUUCGCUGUGCAGAGAUCCUCUCUACAUCCUCAGGAUUUAAACUAGAACAGCACUGCUGUCCGAGUCUGAAAACGUACUUCUCUAGUAUAUACAACUUAUUUUUAAAUAAAAUUAAACCUUCUCUUGAAAUACUGAAUAAAGAAAGAUGUUUAAAUAACCGAAUACGAAGGAAGCCUGAAUAAGGCAUUAAAAAGUUAAAUCGUCUACCAGUAAGGACAGAAGCCUUCCUGGGUACAUCGUUUCUACUUUUGGUUUAGUUGCACUAACAAAAUGAAGGACGAAUUCACAGAAGAGGAAGAGAUACAGUCAUUUGGAUACAAGAGGUUUGGCAUUCAAGAAGGCACACCGUGCACCAAAUGCAAAAACAACUGGGGUCUGAAGUUUUCCAUCAUACUGCUCUAUGUUUUAUGUGCCUGCUUAACUAUCACUGUGUCUGUCCUGGCAUACAAAGUUGUAGAAAAAAUGGACAACGUUACAUUGGGAAUACAGGAGACACAGCAGACUUACCACUCCCAAUUCUCAAGUAUGGAGUCGAACCUCAAGGAUAUUGGCAUUAAGAGUGGCAAGGAUGCAGAAAGCACCAACAGUGAACUUUCAACUUUUAAAUCAGAGCUUCAGAAUUUACAGCAGCUACUGAAUGAUACUGCAAAUAAAGCUACAAAGAGCAAAACUACACUGGAUAAAUUGUUAGAGACUGGAGACAAUCUACAGGCAAAUCAGACCAGUUUACAAAAACUACUAGACAUCAAUGCAAAUAUGAUUAAAUAUAUCAACCAAACUCUAAAUGUAUACAAUGAGUAUGUCACUGGCCUUCAACAAGACACCACUAACCUUCAAACGGAUGUGCAGAGUCAAAUGAAUGCACAAAGCCUAGCAGUGUUAAAUAUUAAUAUUCUGAAUCAGACACAAACACAGCAAAGAAAUCUCAUCAUCAUUCUCCAGAAGUCAGUAGAUGACACAAGCCAGGCCAUCCAGAAGAUCAGAAAUGACUUCCAGAGCUUUCAGCAGACAGUCAUGCAGACACGGAAGGACACAGAUUGGCUGAAAGAGAAGGUACAGAAUUUACAGGCUCUGGCCCUUAACAACUCAAAUUUAGCCAAAGCCAAUAAUGACACACUAGAGGACAUGAGCAGCCAGCUUAGCUCCCUGAGUGGGCAGAUUGAAAACAUCACCAUGUUGUCAAAAACAAAUGAACAAAAUCUUGGAGAUCUCCAGGGACGUAGUAAAGAUCAAGAAAAUCGAACAACUGCCAGAUUUGACCAGUUUGAAGAACGCAUUGACUCUUAUGAGAGGGAUAUAACUACAGUUAUUAGCAAUAUUAGCUAUACUGCUAUGCACUUAAGGACUCUGACAAGCACCCUUGGUGAUGUCAGAACCUCCUGCACAUUUACUUUAAAUAAACAUGCAGAUCUACUCAUUGGUCUUAAUAACACAAUAGUUGACAUUCGAUCAGAUGCAUCAUCUCUCCGGUCACAACAAGAUGUAUUUGGAUCAAGGCUAGAUAGUGAAGUGACAAACUUAUCAAUGAUCAUGGAAGAAAUGAAACUGGUAGAUACCAAGCAUGGACAGCUCAUUAGGAAUUUCACAAUUCUUCAGGGACCACCCGGUCCAAGAGGGCCAAAAGGUGACAGAGGACCUGCUGGAGAACAUGGCCUUCCUGGAAUGAAAGGAGAAAGAGGUGACAGAGGAGAAAUGGGACAGCCUGGAUCUAGAGGUUCAAAAGGUCCUCAGGGAUUCCCAGGCCCACCAGGAGAAAAAGGCUCGGAAGGACCAAGAGGCUUCAGUGGCCCUAAGGGACAGAAAGGUUCUCCUGGUAGGAGUGGAACACCAGGACCAAAAGGAGAUGCUGGGCCCCAAGGACUACCUGGUGUAGGUGGUGUUCAAGGUCCACAAGGUCUUCCUGGACCACGAGGAGAUACAGGAUCACCUGGGAACCCUGGUGUACCUGGCGUUAGAGGACCUCCUGGCUUACCAGGUCAAAAUGGCCCCCCAGGUGAACCUGGUCCUCGUGGCCUAGUUGGCCCACCUGGCCCACCAGGCCCACCUGGCCCACCUGGGGUUACUGUUCCAUCUGGCCCACCAGGGUUUACCAAACCGUUAGCAAUACAAGUUGAAGUAGCAUCAGCAACUUCACCAAAACCUAAUGGUUGCCCUGCUCUUUGGAAAAACUUUAAAGAGAAGUGCUAUUAUUUUUCAACUGAUGUUGAUAUUUUUGAGGAAGCCCAAAAGAUCUGUGAAGAGAAAUCAUCAUCCUUGGUCAUUAUAAAUGACAAAGAGGAGCAGCAAUGGAUAAAAAGGCAAACAAGUAACAAAGGAAAUUUCUGGAUUGGUCUGACGGACAAGGAAAUAGAAAAUGAGUGGAAGUGGCUGGACAGAACCUUACCAACAUAUACGAACUGGAAGAUUGGGCAACCUGACAACUGGUCAAUUGGAUAUGAAGAAGGAGAAAAUUGUGCAGGACUGUCUCAGGCUGGAUUGUGGAAUGACUUCCAUUGCAGUGAAGCUAAUGGUUUUAUCUGUGAAAAAGAUACUGACAGAGAUGUGAGAAGCAGUUCCUGAUACAAAUGAAUCAACUGGCAUUUAAACAUCUCUCCACUCAAAGCUAUCUAAGCUAUGUAGUCCAGUGACCCACAGAAUUAAGCAUCUCACCUUGCUGAAGAGUAAUGUUGCCAAAUACUGGCAAUGUGACUUGGGGCUCAGUUUAUGCUUAAGCCCGAUGACUAUAUGCAAAUCAUUUGCGACUGCUGUUUACUUUCUGAAUCAUAGUACUGCACACAUUCCUAAAUUAGUGUGCUGGUAUAAAGUUGGCAUCAUCAAAAGCAUGUAAUACUGUGUUGGAAACUAUUGGAUAUCACAUGUAACAGAAAAUAUUAUAGUAUUGUACUAGAAGUAUUUUUAUUGUACUAAACUCCCACGUGUAGCAAAAGACUAUACAGAACAUAUAUUGUUACCGGUACUUGAAUAUAUUUUUAUGUUUUGUAUAGAUUUUACGUAUUUUUAUACUACUUGCCUUUUUCAGUACUUUUUUAAAACAUGGCACAAGGAUAUCAAAGAAAGUAAUAGCUGCACUGAUCCAGGCUGGCAGAGGUUUGGAGUUUGGAAAAUGGGCAGUGGUGUCUUAUUUUAAUGGCAUCUUAACGUCAGAAUGAAAAACAUUAAUAAUAACACAAAAAGAAAAGAAUAAAGAAGAAGCAGAAUGGUCAUGCUGAGUCUGCUUUCAUGACAACUGUAAAAAUAUGUUUACCUACCACAGCAGAAGUCACACAGCCAAAUGAUAUUCGUACAGAUGUUCAAACAGUGCGCCUCAUCAUACUACAGAGUUGCAUUUGUAGAUGAUUAUACUUGUGAAAACAUUAUGAAGCACUGAGGUGUGAACUGUUACAUCCACGUAGGUAUAGCAUAUGUGAUAACAUCUAUGUGCAUUUUGUACUUAACAUUUUUUUUAUUUAAAUUAAACUAUAGAGUUCCAAACAUGA